AUGGAUGUGAGUCGAGAGGGAAACACCCCCAACAGUGUUGUGCCAACGCACCUGCCGCAUCUGGAUAUUUGCUGGGGCGCUACCGCCAAUGUGUCUGGAUGGCCAGCUGCUGAUGUGCUGCCAGACCCUGCACAGCUGCCCAUCUUCUGCAGGAACGUGGAUGCAGAGUCGACUGACGUCGACAACAGUAGCACAAGCGGUAAAGGCUGUACGACCCGAACAUGCUGUACAGAAGAUGAGUUUCCUCUAGAAGCGCAUAAUGGCUCAACUAACCACAGACCCAUAGGCGGCGUCUGUCGGUCCGUUUUUAAUAUGCGGUUUCGGCAAAAAUCCGUUCUGCAGAUAGCGGAAGUUUGGAAGUGGAAUGAGCCCUGGGUUUGA